GGGAUAAUUGCCUUCAUGUUCGUCGCGUUUUAUAUAUCAAGUGUUAGAUGUUUAUGUAACGAUUUUAGUGUAUCUUAAGGCUUGUGUGUAAUAAUUUGUAUAUUUUAUCAUUGUUUUUAACUUCUUAUUGACAGAUCAUGUCUUAUGACAGAUAGCUAUAACUUCUGCUUUCUUUGAAAUUGUUUAAAAUUAUUCUUUAAGAAUUGUGCAUGGGUUUUAAGUUAUGACGUUACCAGUAUCAAGUUAUGAAGAGCUUUUGAACAGAGUGAGAUCUAUUACACAUGAAACAAGACAGCUUCAGAGACAAAUUGAUGCCCCUUUACUUGAUCAUAACGAAAAUGAACGACAGUUGAAUUUAGCCCAUAGCGUGAAUUCAGAAUGGAAUUUUAAACCUAGGACGGAAAGUUAUUCAGCGCUGGAUUCAAGUUUCACUUCAUCACCGCCACCCAAAGCCCCCAACAAGGAUGUUGGGAUGCGGUGGACUAAAGAGCAAGGGGCCUCACCCGAAGCCAAAGAACAAGAAGAAACAUCCUCCAACGCUCUGGGCAAUGAUAGGGGGAUGAAACUUAUCAACCAAAACCCGAUGUGCCACAGCACAUCAACUGUAAAUUCUAAACAGGGAACAUGCGAUGGAGGCCUGAGCUAUAGUUAUAGCUACAGCAGUGAACAACUCGGAACUAAAGUGGAAAUAGUAUACAAUUUGUUGUCUAUGCUUGGUACCCAUGACAGAGCUGAGAUGACUUCUACACUUCUUGCUAUGAGCAGUUCUCCGGACAGCUGUAGGGCUAUGAGGCAGUCGGGAUGCCUGUCAUUACUCGUCCAGUUGGUUCAUUCCAGUGGUGAAAGUAGCGUGGUUCGUGAGAGGGCUGCCCAGGCGUUGAGAAACAUGGUUCUGUGCCACGGGGAUGACAGGAGAGGUCGUCGUGAAGCAAGAGUUUUGAGGCUGCUGGAUCAGAUAAUUUCUUAUACCGAUGCACUUCAUGAUGAUCCUCAGUCCCAUGCUGAGGAAGGUCACCCUGGACCAGCUAUUGCUGCUUUGAUGAAACUGUCGUUCGAUGAAGAACAUCGUUUAGCUAUGUGUCAACUUGGGGCUCUCUAUGUUGUUGCCAGAUUAGUGCAGGUUGAAGCUAGGUAUAAUCUGGAUUGUUGUAUAACAGUGAAAAGAUACGCAGGUAUGGCAUUGACCAAUCUAACGUUUGGCGAUGGUAAUAACAAAGCUUUACUGUGCUCGAUGAAGCCCUUUAUGACCGCACUUGUAUCUCAGUUGUCUUCUUCGAGUGAAGAUUUGACUCAGGUAACUGCUAGUGUUUUGAGAAAUCUUUCGUGGAGAGCUGAUGCUGCUAGUAAACAAGCCUUACGUGAAGUUGGUUCAGUACCGGCACUUAUGAAAGCAGCAAUGUCAGCGACUCGAGAGCCAACCUUGAAGUCUGUACUUUCAGCAUUGUGGAACCUGUCUGCGCAUUGUAACCUUAACAAGGUUGACAUAUGUGGAGUUGAAGGUGCUCUUCAAUAUCUGGUAGAAAUGCUUAAUUAUCAAUCUACCUCUAAAACUUUAGCUGUUGUCGAAAAUGCUGGUGGCAUAUUGAGAAAUAUAUCGAGCCAUAUUGCUGUAAGAGAAGAUUAUAGGAAGAUACUUAGAGAUGAGAACUGCCUUGCAAUACUUCUCAGACAGUUGCAAUCUGCCUCAUUGACAGUUGUGAGCAAUGCCUGCGGGACUUUGUGGAAUCUUUCCGCUCGGUGUGGAACAGACCAAAGAACAUUAGUUGCUCUUGGUGCAGUGCCUAUGUUAACGUCUCUUGCCCAUUCCAGGCAUCGAUUGAUAGCAAUGGGUGCUUCUGCAGCAUUGAAAAACCUCUUGCCUGUGAGACUAGCACAGAAUCAUCAUCAUCAAGCCGCUUCUGGUGGUGCAACACUGUCAGUGAGAAAAAGGAGGGCUCUAGAAGCAGAGCUAAACUCCUCACUCUCAGAAACCUGUGAUAACAUAGAGCCGUGCCCUAACUGGGAUUCCGAAAGAGAAAUAUUACCUGUCAGUCAGGUAAAAGACAAUUGUGAUCAAAUUAACCAUUCUAUGCAGCAGAUGUCGCUGGAGGAAACUUCUGAAUUACCAGUUAAUUAUAGCCUUAAGUAUUGUGAGAAUGAAACCAAAGUCAGUGACUCUGACCAUGAUACAGUCAAUUAUAGCAUCAAGUUCAAAGAAAACGAAACCGAAGAACCGAAGGCUUAUAAUCCUUGUUUUGGCGAAAAAGUUGAUCCUGAAAGUGAUUACGCCGAAACUGAUCUUGAUCAGUUGACAGAUUAUAGUCUGAGAUAUAAUGAAGAAGAACAACAUGACACUUCAACUCCAGCUGCAGAUAUUUUGAAUAAGUGUGAAGAUGUGGAUAAGGAACCGGUGGAAGUGAUCAACAACUCUGUUGAAGUUUCCCCUGGCAAAAUUAUUGAUUCAAGCAAAGGAGGCAACUUGGAAACUCCAUUAAUGUUUUCUCGGUGCAGUUCAUUGGGUUCUGUGAGUAGUAUAGAACAGCAGGACGAUGGCCACUCAUCUGUUGUUAGUGAAUUCAGCCGAAUGACCAGUGGUAUAAUGUCUCCAAGUGAGCUUCCGGAUUCUCCAACACAGACAGUUCCUCCUAGUCCGAGAGUCAAGGCACCUCCAGUAUUACCUUCUGUAAUUGAAAAAGAGAAGCCAGCUGGUAUAUUUGAAGACUCUGUAGUUGCAUUCAAAGAGGAAAGCACUCCUGCACAAUUUUCCACUGCUACCAGUCUGUCGGAUCUCACUUUUGAUGAUGAACCUCAUGAAAACAAUAUAGAAAGAAAAGAUUUGGAACUUACAGCUGUUUCUGAAGAAGAAGAUGAACAUGUCUUAGCUGAUUGUAUAAACAUCGGAAUGCUGAACAAUAGGAGGAGUAACUUAGAGACUGUUAAUACCUGUCCUGGAACGAGAAUCCCAAGAGGGACCGGGAUCCCUGUCAAAACCGCACCUACCCACGCUUUGGAUGAAACUCUAAUAGAAUUUUGUACUGAGGAUACUCCUGCAAGUUUAAGCCAUGCAACUUCUCGUAGUGAACUCUCUAUGGCAUUAUCUGAUGCUUCAUCUGACCACAUUCUUGCUGAAUGUAUUCAGUCAGGAAUGCCUCAACCUCAGACUGUGAAUCAAACUACUGAGAAGAAAAAAACGAAAACUGAAACGGCAUCAGCUGGAGUGAAAGUGUCUAUAGUGAAACCAAGGCCAGUCUCAAUCCCGGCAACAAGAAUGAGGCAGCUUGUGGCCGAGGAUGAAAUUUCCGUGUUCGCCACUGAAGGGAGCCCUGGCAAUUUCUCGAUAAGAUCAUCUUUAUCAGAUUUAACAAUUAACUCGAAACCUGAGAGAAAUGGGCUUGAAACACCUCCCCAAAUUGCUGCUGAAAAUAUAUCCCCCUUAAGUUCUUUGGAACCUGAUGUUGAUGAUGGAGAAGUUAUUACCGUAUUAUCGGCCACCUCGGGGGAUGAUGUUACUCUCGCUGAACAAGAGGAUCAAGCAUUGCUGAUGCAAUUAAUUUCUUCCGGAAUGCCAUCAGGAAUGGAUAGCAUUUUGUCUUUAACAUGUAGCUUAGAAGGUGAAAGAAAAAAGACUGAAAGCCUUUUGGAAAAUGUGAAACCUCCACCAGAUAUGGAUGAUGCAUUAGAUUUGGACAACUCGAUGGUCAGUGUUGCUAGCCUACGAUCAGAAAUAGCAGAUGACCCAUCAACUCCUCCCCUACAGAGACGCUUAACUCCAAAACAGAGAAGGGACCUGGGCAAUUUCAGGUACAACACUUAUGUGAUAAAAGGAGAAGAGAAGAACGAGCCUCCUAAAGAAAUGACCGAACUGAGGACGGAAGGUGAGCCCACGGAUGCCAAAGAGAAAGUCAAAGAAAAGAUGACGCCUAAGCAAAGGAGGCAAGCUGAUAGAGACAGGUUUAGAACGAGGACAAUAAACGACGCUCCUCCAAAUCUGGAAAGAUUAUCAAGUGAGGACAGUUCGCCACCUGAAACAGACAUACAGGAAGCACAAGAGAGCACGAGUGAAGCUGAAGAACCUCCAAGGCCGAUUGUUGUAAAACCUCCUGAGGUAAAAACUAUACGAGGAGGUGUUCGAAGUAGUGCGAUCCCUGUAGUUCGAAGCCCUGUAAAAUCAAAUACUAAGCGAAAACCUGGUGCAGUUGCACCAAUCCAGAGGCAGGGUACUUUUACAAAAGAAGAACCGUCGUCGUCUUCUAUCCCUGUUCCUGUGAGAAAAGUUACCUCUCCUCUUAAGAAAAUCCCCAUAGGUGCAAGUAAGAGCACAGGAAACUGUAGUUCAAGUAGUGCUAGUGGAAGAGGCAGAGCAGCAAGCCUGCCGAACAAAUCUGGCAGUAGUGGAGUGAGGCCAUCGGCCAGCAACCAGAGCCUGAAGUCUGCGUCUUCUGAUGGAAGGUGGGCGUCUAAUUCCAGCCUCAACAGCCAGCCUGUGUCGAGGGUUGCUGCGCUCUGGAAGAGAGUUGAUGAAGCAAAGAAGAAACAGCCUGUGAAAGACACACGUGUUUGGGUGUCAGCUGAACCAAAGAACAAGCAGAUGGUUUGAGAAGUGUACAUAUAUAUAUUUUUAGCUGCAUGUUCAAAGAAAACAUCUGCAAUCAAUUCGUUAUUUAUAAUAUUCAAUAUUCAUCGUCUUCUAUCCUAAUAAGACUAUGCUUAAAUAUUGAAUAAAAUUAAGUAAAUAAUUAAUUUCAUUAUAAUUAAUUAAAUUUUUCAUUCCUUAUUACCUUCAACAUAUAUAAAUUGUGUGAUUUUAUAAAUUAAAGUUAUAAUUGCUGACAUUAUAAUUUUUAUCAGUGUUAUACUUCCUUGAUGUUCAGAAUUUAUUGUAAUUUUAUAUGUUGAUUUAAAGAGCUGUGCAAUUUUUAUUUUCUUUAUUUGAAGAACGCAUUUAAAUUAUUU